AUGGAUAACAAGAAGCGUCUGGCCUACGCCAUCAUCCGGUUCCUGCACGACCAGCUCCGGCACGGGGGGCUCUCGUCCGACGCCCAGGAGAGCUUGGAAGUUGCAAUCCAGUGCCUGGAGACUGCUUUUGGGGUGACAGUGGAAGACCAUGACCUCGCCCUCCCUCAGACUCUGCCGGAAAUAUUUGAAGCAGCUGCUGCAGGCAAGGAGGUGCCGCAGGACCUGAGGAGCCCCGAGCGGACCCCGCCUUCAGAGGAGGACUCAGCCGAGGCAGAGCGCCUCAAAACCGAAGGAAACGAGCAGAUGAAGGUAGAAAACUUUGAAGCUGCCGUGCACUUCUAUGGGAAAGCCAUCGAGCUGAACCCGGCCAACGCCGUCUACUUCUGUAACAGAGCUGCGGCCUACAGCAAGCUCGGGAACUACACGGGUGCCGUUCAGGACUGCGAGCGAGCCAUCUGCAUAGACCCGUCCUACAGCAAAGCCUACGGCAGGAUGGGCCUUGCUCUCUCCAGUUUGAACAAGCACACCGAGGCCGUGGCAUACUACAAGAAGGCCUUGGAGCUGGAUCCUGAGAACGAGACUUACAAGUCAAACCUCAAGAUAGCCGAGCUGAAGCUGAGAGAGACGCCGAGUCCCACGGGAGGCGUCGGCAGCUUUGACAUCGCCGGCCUGCUCAACAACCCCAGCUUCAUGAGCAUGGCGUCAAACCUAAUGAACAAUCCGCAGGUUCAGCAGCUCAUGUCCGGGAUGAUUUCGGGCGGCCACAACCCCCUGGGGACUCCCGGCACCAGCCCCUCACAGAACGACCUGGCCAGUCUCAUCCAGGCCGGCCAGCAGUUCGCCCAGCAGAUGCAGCAGCAGAACCCAGAGUUGAUAGAACAGCUCCGGAGUCAGAUCCGAAGUCGGACCCCCAGUGCCAGCAACGACGACCAGCAGGAAUGA